GGAAUUGUUGCUGCGGCUCGUUCGAAAGGAGAACAUAAACAAAAAAUCUUCUUAACAGUCUCCUUUGGGGGAAUCAAAAUCUUCGAUGAAAAGACAGGGCUACUACAGCACCACCAUGCAGUUCAUGAAAUUUCAUACAUCGCAAAGGAUAUCACAGACCAUCGAGCAUUUGGAUAUGUAUGUGGAAAGGAGGGAAAUCACAGAUUUGUGGCAAUAAAAACAGCCCAGGCAGCUGAACCUGUAAUUCUGGACUUGCGAGACCUGUUUCAGCUCAUCUAUGAACUGAAACAAAGGGAAGAAAUGGAAAAAAAGGCACAAAAGGAUAAACAGUGUGAACAAGCGGUAUACCAGACAAUUUUGGAAGAAGAUGUAGAAGAUCCUGUAUACCAGUACAUUGUGUUUGAGGCUGGACACGAGCCAAUCCGUGAGCCUGAAACGGAAGAAAACAUUUAUCAGGUUCCUACCAGCCAAAAGAAGGAAGGUGUUUAUGAUGUGCCAAAAAGUCAACCUGUAAGUGCUGUUACCCAACUAGAGCUUUUUGGGGACAUGUCCACUCCUCCUGAUGUAACCUCCCCCCCAACUCCUGCUACUCCAGGUGAUGCCUUUAUCCCAUCUUCAUCCCAGUCACUUCCUGCUAGUACAGACAUGUUUGGUUCUGUACCUUUCAGCACUGCUGCCGUACCCUCAGGUUAUGUUGCCAUGGGAGCUGUUCUGCCCUCAUUCUGGGGACAGCAACCACUUGUUCAACAGCAGUUGGCCAUGGGUGCUCAGCCUCCAGUUGCUCAGGUGAUGCAGGGAGGACAGCCGAUAGCAUGGGGCCAACCCGGUAUUUUUCCUCCUACUCAGCAACCGUGGCCAUCUGUAGCUGGUCAGUUCCAACCAACUGCCUUCAUGCCAACACAAACUGUUUUGCCUUUACAAGCAGCCAUGUUUCAAGGUACCAUUGCUCCUAUAGCUACUGUUCCACCAAGUGAUUCCAACAGAUCAAGCCCACAGACAGACAGGCCCAGACAGAAAAUGGGAAAAGAAAUGUUUAAGGAUUUCCAGAUGGCUCAGCCUCCACCAGUGCCAUCAAGAAAACCAGAUCAGCCUUCCCUCAGUUGUACCUCAGAGGCCUUCUCAAGUUACUUUAACAAAGUUGGGAUGGCACAGGAAGCAGAUGAUUGUGAUGACUUUGAUAUCUCUCAGUUGAAUUUGACUCCUGUGACUUCCACAACACCAUCUACAAAUUCACCUCCAACCCCUGCACCCAGACAGAGUUCUCCAUCAAAAUCAUCAGCAUCUCAUACCAGUGAUCCUGCUGCAGAUGACCUCUUUGAAGAGGGGUUUGAAAGCCCAAGCAAAAGUGAGGAGCAAGAGGCUCCUGAUGGGUCUCAGGCCUCAUCCAACAGUGAUCCAUUUGGUGAGCCAACUGGUGAUACUAUAAGUCCACAGGUCGGUAGCUAG